CCACCUCCCUGCCAGUCCCUGUCUGGUGUCCAAGUAUUGGGGAGCAAAACCAGGGGAGCAGCACCAGCACAGCCCCUGCCUUGCUGCCCUGCAGUAUCAGCACUGGGAGGGUCUCAGCACGAGGCCACCAGGACUGAGGUGGGGCUCCCUCUUCUCCAGACAAUCACCCUGGCCAGCUCUGCACAGAAGAUUGCCUUCUAUGAGACCAAGGGGAAUAUCAUGACCAGCUACCUGGGAGGUGCCCUGGGUGUCAUGGGAGGCAUCUACACGGCAGGGGGAAUCUCUGGGGCCCACAUGAACCCGGCGUUCUCCUUAGCCAUGUGCCUGAUAGAGCAGUUCCCCUGGUGGAAGUUUCCCAUCUUUGUGGCUGUGCAGAUUGUGGGAUCUUUCAUAGCUGCUGGAGCUGUUUACGUCGUCUACUAUGAUGCCAUCUGGCACCAUAGCAAUGGGACCCUUACUGUCACUGGCCCCCAAGAAACUGCCUCUAUCUUCGCCACUUACCCUGCUGACUUUGUGUCUAUUGGCAAUGGCUUCUUGGACCAGGUGAUCGGCACAGGGGUGCUGAUAAUUGUUGUCAUGGGCAUCAUGGACCCCCGCAACAAGCCUGUCCCCAAGGGCCUGGAACCAGUGGUUGUGGCUCUCUUGGUGCUCUCCAUCGAGUGCUCCAUGGGGGCCAACUGUGGCUGCCCCCUGAACCCUGCUCGGGACAUCGGGCCCCGGCUCUUCACCUAUCUGGCAGGCUGGGGCCCAGAGGUCUUCAGCAGGGGCAAUGGUUGGUGGUGGGUGCCACUGGUGGCACCGCUGCUGGGCGCCGCCGUGGGCACGUACCUGUACCAGCUCUUCGUGGCUUUCCACUACCCGGAGGAGAAGAGCGAGGCCCUGGCAGAGCAGGGCUCCAUUGUUCUGGUCAACACCGCCAUCAGCAGCGCAGACAUUGGGAGGUCACCCAAGGAAAGGGACUCUGGGGAGACAGAGCCUGCCGGGUAUCCCCCACCACAGAGCCCCAGCAGCACAGUGUCCCCCACAGUCCCUAUCACAACAUUAAAAGAGUCCUGAGAGCACGGGGUGUCUUGUCUGUGGACAUGGGGUGCAGGGAUGUGGUGGAAGGCCAGCCAGGCCUGGCUGCAGGGGGACACGAGCUGCUGGUAUGGGGUUGGAGAGCAC